AUGAAGUGCGCAAAGCUUCAGCUACAGGAACGAACAAAGUCUGGGGUUAAACCAAACAUGUCAGUUGAGAAGCCCCGUAGAAUUUGUCAAAAACGAAUGAUUGACCCGCAUCACGAAGAGGAUCAAAGAUGGAAGGGCAAAGCCCUAGAAAGGUUUUAUUGUAAUGAAAACGUACACUACGACCUCAAUCAGAUUUAUGACAACGGUCGAGUUCUACAAGACACCCAGGACUUAUUUUUGACCGUACAAAACUUACAGUUUCAAGGCGAAGUUCAGCAAAGGAAGAGACCACGGACUAGCUUUAAAUACAAAACUUUAUCGGGCAACCGAAAACAUAGAAUGUUUGUGAAAGAGCUUCUCGAAGAGAACGCGAACGACUGCGGACGAUUUUCGGAACUAACGUGCUAUUAUUUAGAAGAUUACGCCAAAUACUUACUAAGCAACGACCGGUCUCGACCUUCUACUGGUAAAUCGAAUACGUUCAUCUAUAAUUUUGACACUAAAAUUAAACAUUGCAAGGCAGUACAAACUGAGUUAAAAAAUGUUUCGAGAAAAUCGUUUAAAUGUGAUACAAAAUUUAAGAAAGCAUCGAAGCGUAACAAGGACGAAGGUAAAGAAAUUGUAGAAACAGCCAAAACUGCAAUGAAAGAUGCAAAAAUUACGUAUGAAAAGAGUGGUAAAAGGAAAAGUUUAACAAUAUCAAGGACAGAAAGCCCAGCUACCGUUCAAGUCAUAAGGGUAGACGUUGUAUGCAAUUACAGCUGUAGUUCUUCUAUGUCAGACUACGAAGAAAAACAAACGAAAGAAGAAAAUAAACAAGAAAUUUUGAAGGCUAAACAGUCACAUUUCGCGAAUAAAUAUCUUUUGACGAAUACAUUGAAGACUCUUGAUGAGAACGCGGGUGGCGCCCGAGUUACAUUACUUUGUAAGACUUUCAAGUUAGCGGACCGCUCGGGAAUAUUAACGGAAAGAAAAGCGAAGUCUUUAAAAAAUAUUUCAAGAAAUGGUCCUGCACAACGUUUCUAAUAAAUAUCCUUGUAUACAAACAGUCACAUUUUGAACAGAAUUCUUGCAUUUUUUAAGAGAAUUCAAUCUAUUUUUUUCUUCAAAAUAGUGCCGAUGAGACGUCUAUUUAAAUUACCUGCGAGCGAAUCUUGGCGCCCUCCUGGCGCCACCCUUACUUUCUACAUGCGG